AUGUGUCUGCACUUCUGCUGGCCAGACGACCCCGGAAAAGUACAAGCUCAUUCUCAGAGCCUGGAGGUCGCCCAGCACCCUGGCCCAUGCAGCGAGACCACAGUGCACCCCCUCUGGAAGGGCCCAAUCUCUGUGCCAGGGGGGACCCGGCAGUCCCCCAUCAACAUCCGCGGGAGGGACAGCCUCUACGACCAGCAGCUGGGGCCUCUCAGCGUCUCCUACGCGGCGGCCACCUGCCGGGGCGUCUGGAACACAGGCUACUUCUUCCAGGUGGAGUUCGACGACUCCGCCGACGGGUCAGGGAUCAGCGGCGGCCCCCUGCGGAGCCACCACCGGCUGAGGCAGUUCCACUUCCACUGGGGGGCGGAGGACGCAUGGGGCUCAGAACACACGGUGGACGGCCGCGUCUACCCGGCCGAGCUGCACCUCGUUCACUGGAAUUCUGCGAAGUACCGCAGUUACAAAGAGGCGGCGGCGGGGGAGCAGGGCCUGGCGGUGCUGGCCGUGUUCCUGCAGCUGGGGGCCCCCCACGAGGCGCUGCAGUCGCUGGUGGGCAUCCUGCCGGAAAUCAGGCACAAGGACGCCCGGGCGGCCAUGGGCCCUUUCCAGCCGUCCUGCCUGCUGCCCGCCUGCCGGGACUACUGGACCUACCCCGGCUCCCUCACCACGCCGCCGCUCACCGAGUCGGUCACCUGGAUCGUCCUCAAGGAGCCCAUUCAGGUGGCUGCGAGCCAGCUGGCCGCCUUCCGCUCGCUCCUGUUUUCUGGCCCCGGCGAAGAAGAGAGGACGAUGGUAAACAACUACCGCCCGCUGCAGCCCCUGAGGAGCCGCCGGGUCCGGUCGUCCUUCCCAGCCUGGGGCCAGGGCACAAGGCCCUGAUUGGAGACAGCGGGCUGGUGGGGGGGCUUCAGAGUCGGGGG